CUUUUAGUUUUAGAAGUGAGCGUAUGCAUUGUUUUGUUAUCAGGACUAUAUGUCAAUCCAUUGGCUGAGGGAAGCAGGUAUCAAAUUUUCUCUUCAAGCUCUGAGACUUUACAUUGUCUUUCCAGAGUAAUUAUCUUUGGGAAAAAUUCCCUUAUUUUUGUACCUGUGAAUGUGCUUUGAAGCUGUCCAGUGGGAUUGCUUGGGCCUUCACAAAUUGUCAUCCAUUGCCUCAUUUGCUUUGUGUGAAGAGCAGAUAACUGUGCGCACUGACUAGUCCAUGUCUGUCUUGUUAACUAAACGAUUCUGUUCUCUUCUUUGGAUCGUAACUCAUAAUCAGACCCUGUAAACCUUCUUUUGAAGUUUUAUGAAGCAUUCCACAUAGCGACCUUGUUGUCUGUUGGUUAAUUGUUUCAAACAUGAAGCUAAAUAUUAGGAAGUCUGAUCCUCUUCUAGAUCCUGAAGUACCUUUAUUAACACCUGUCGUCAUCGAGUCCACACAGGUACACCCUCUUGCUCCAUAAAGGAAAGACUAUUGUCAUGAAACGCCUCUGAUUUUCAUAGCCACACCCACUCUGAAAUACAUGCCUGUCAUUAUCAAUUAGACGAAAAUGAAGCUGAAAACGCUGUAAAUCCGGGUCUGGCAGGCCAUAAGUAUGAGCCACAAUGUCCUGACACAGACGCACACACACACUUACAAAGACAACAUUGCAUACCUUCUUCUUUGAAAGUUCGUUGGAGAUCACUGUCAAGAAUCAAGCUCUACCCAGUAGCAGUUCACCCGGAUGUGAAAAGGAUCCUACAUUAACACCGGCUCUCUGACAUGUCUUUGUCAUCUACAACAGCCUUGACGGAGAAAGAGGCGUCCUGUCACGAUUGCAAGAUGCCUGGGUGCUACACAUCCAUGAAAGUAAAGUUCACCUGUGUGUUCAGACGCUAUGGAGUUCUCGUCGGCACUCACCCUCUGCCUUUCAUCAUCAUCCCCAUCGUGGUGUUUGGCGGUCUGGGCUUCGGAUUGUUCACUCUCGACUUUGAAACAGACCUGGAGAGCCUCUACUUUCCGAGGAACAGCAGAGCGAUCACCGAUAGACAGAAAGUUCGAGACCUCUUUCUUAAUGUCAAUGACCUCCGCUACGACGCGUUUGCCCAGAGUGAUGCAGUGGACCAAGCCACUUUGAUAUUUCAGUCAAAGAAUGGCUCCAACAUUCUGGAGAAAAAGUCUCUGGCAGAAAUAAGAGACAUCGUGCAAAAGGUGAAGGAAAUCUCUGUAAACAAGAGUGGACAACCUCACACCUACGAAGACAUCUGCGCUAGAACAGCUUCUGGAUGCGUGAUAGAGGGGGAGCAACUUUUAUCCCCUGAGUUUGAGAAACUACUGUUGGCCAAUAGGGUUCAAUUCCCGUACUGGCCACUUCCUAAUUUAACGGAAGUAGUUGAUCUUUCUUUUUAUAUCUCCGACACAAAGACGAACAAACCCCAGAAUGCUUCUGAAACCCUUCAGUCUGCAGGAAUUUUUAAAUUAUCAUUUAUAUUAAAGGAAACAUCAAAGGAAUGGGUGAAAGAGUUUCUUUCAUCAGUCGGCAAAUUAAAGUCAAAUUUCUCAGAGAUUUUCUACGGCACGACCCAGUCUCUGAACGAGGAACUCGACAAAGGAACCAAGGGUGACAUUUACCUUUUUGCCUUGACCUUUACCAUCUGCAUCACCUUUGCCUCCAUAGUCUCUUCUGGAGGGAACCCGGUGUCCACCAGGGCGAUGCUGGCUAAUGCCGGGGUGCUGGCCGCGGGACUGGGUAUUGUGGGGUCUCUGGGACUGGUCAGUCUGUGUGGGGUCAAGUUCGUCAACCUGGUCGGCGUCAUGCCCUUUCUGAUCAUCGGCAUCGGUGUUGAUGACAUGUUUCUCCUCAUGUCCUCGUGGAGCGAGACCAUCUCAGAGCGGGUGAUGAGCGUGCCAGAUCGUCUCGGGGCAACAUUCGCCAGCGCCGGCAUCGGCAUCACAGUCACAUCUCUCACAGACUUCGUUUCUUUCAUCAUCGGAACUUCAUCGGCAUUUCGGAGUGUCACGAACUUUUCCAUCUACACAGGUGUUGCAGUCUUGUUCUGCUACAUUUGUCAAGCGACACUUUUCGGGGGAUCCCUUGCUCUGCACUCUCACCGGGUAUUCUCGUCGCGACAUUUCCUGACUUGCCUGAGAACAAAAAGCAGACAGGAGUUAAAGUCUGACGGGAAGUCCUCCUGUGGAGCUCUCAUCUGCGGAGGAACAGUUCCCAAGGACGCCCGCGAUGACGAAAGCAUCUGCGAGAAGCUUCCUCGUCUGACAUUGCCGAAGCUGGUCAUCAGCUCUGUUGGCUGCGUUGUCAUCAUCGUCGGCUUUCUGGGAUACCUUGCGGCGGCGAUCUACGGUGUCCUCAACCUUCCACAGGGUCUGGUCCUCUACGAACUGGUACCAAAGUCCUCGUACUACCAUUCGUUUCUCCUGGCAAGCGAAAAAUAUUUCCCUACUCGCAUACCUGUUGCUUUUGUCGUUGAUGGGGAGGUUAACUACGCGGGAGAUGGAGGCGAUCAGCUCCGGCAGCUGAUUUCGUCUGCCCAGCAAGACAGACAGAUGACCAAAGGUUUCCAGCGCUGCUGGCUGACUGAUUUUGUCCGUUCUGCAAACUUCACCAACACGACAUUCGUGAAGAACCUGGCGGACGUGUUUUUACCAGCCAACCAGCGGUACUACAGCGACGUAGUGUUUGGCCCGAACAACGUGUCCCUCACGGCCUCCAGGUGCUACGUGAUCUCUACGCCCAUCAGUAGUCAGUAUGACCUGGCCGACCUCAUGACGAGGAUGAGGAAGCUUGCUGAUGAGUCGCCUCUACCUGUCUUCGCCUAUCACCAGUCCUUCGUCGCUCUAGAGCAGUACCACGCCGUGUUACCCUCCACCCUCCAGAUGGUGGGGGUGGCAGUUGCCGUUAUUUUUGUCGUCUGCGUGAUCUUUCUUCCCCAUCCCUUCAUGGUUGUCUUGGUAACCAUCACUGUUGCUAUGAUCCUCGUGGGCAUCUUCGGCUUCAUGUACUACUGGGACACGCCUUUAUCGUCCAUCACCAUGAUCCACUUAGUCAUGAGCGUCGGCUUCUCCGUGGACUUCUCUGCGCAUGUCUGCUCCGCCUACCUUCUCUCUGACGCCAGCACGCGCACACAGCGUGCGCAUGACGCCAUCAGUCACGCGGCCAGUCCUAUUUUUAACGGUGGCGUGUCCUCGCUCCUGGGAAUCAUCCUGCUGGUGUUCUCAGACUCCUACAUCUUCGUCUCCUUCUUCAGGAUCAUGGUGCUGGUCAUCGGCUUUGGUAUGCUGCACGCCGUCCUCUUCCUGCCAGCGGUGCUGUCGCUGAUUGGUCCCCAGAGCAACCAGGUCACCGCGCAUGCGGCAAAAUCUGACCUUCCUGGACAGGAGCAAAGAGAAGAUGGACACCAUUCGCCUCGUGGCCAUUUACACGUAAGGUCUGUUCAACACGAACACAGGGACCUUGCUUCCUUCAGUGAAAGUAAAAAUGACAUCUGCCCGAACAUUUCCGUUAAAGAAACCUUGUCGGAGCAAGUCUCAGAAGGUAUUGGUGAGCAACAUGAUAAACACGAAAACAGACUGAAGCUUACUGAGUACACAGUUUAUGAUGGUGAAAGUACAAGAACUAUUGUAAUAUAAACAAAUUACAUUGUCUAUUUGUUCAUUAGGAUGCACAAUUUUCUGGCUACAGAUAAACCUGUCUGAUUUUUUUCCUUCAGUCCGUGUGCAACCAGUUACACUUAUCGUCAAAGUCGUACAACAUUUAGAACAAUCCAUAAUCCUUUAUUUAAAAAAAGGAAAUAUUUAGAAAAAAAAAUGAAAAGGAAAUCGUGAGGGAAACAGUUUUAUGUUAAUUAGCUACUUAACCGUGAUUUCUCUGUUUCUGCUCAAUAGCUUAAACAUUAUCACCACAAGAGUACCCUGAUGGGCACGACUAAGGGCUGUAAUAGAUAGAAGGGAGUUUAUAUAUGGGUAUCUUGAUAUAGACUUCUGUCUCACACAAUCACACACUUUGUAACAUAGACAUGUAAACACACAGUGUUUAUGGUCCAUAUUUUACACAUGUGGAGUUGUAACAUACUUAUUUCAUUCAGCUGAUGGAUUGGAAGAAAACAGAUUUCCUCACGUUUAAAGCAGAUGCGUUCGAACUUGAAGGCGUCCAUUCUAGUCGGUUCGAUACCCAUGUGACGAAGAUUACUUUCGUUACCUGGCCCAUUAUUGCUCGGUAAAAAUCGCAGGAAACUUAGACUUAAAGAAAACAGCUGGUUGUGAGAUAAGUGAGACCCGAACCCUCACACCCACAGGACUGUAAGGUCAGGGGUUGAUUCUAAGGUGUUUGAGAAAACCCAUAUGCACAUAGUCAUGGGGUGGAUUCUGUCAAGUGUUUGUCAAAUUCAUAUGUAUUAAAGGUAUGCUUAAUUGUAUAGCCAAAUAAAUGUUUAGAAAACUCAUUUUCUACUUUGUCCAGCGCGUUACUUUUGAUGUUUCAUAAUGUGAAAUAGAUUUUAUAUUUACAUUCAUGUGUUUUAUGUUGUAAAUAUUUUAUUGUUUUACGUCGAUUUGUUUUGCGCUUUUGUUGUUUGUUUGCUUGGGGUAAGUAUGCUGGUCGUGCAAAUAGUAUUCAACUUUCAAAGUAACGUCCACUCCACAAGAGUUAUGUAAAGAAACACAUUUUUAUGUACAGCUCUUCACUUCACGGACACUAUAGGUGUCAUUAUUGACUUUGUCGUUUUUACUGUUGGUGUGUUACACCGAGUCAGAAGGUUUACAGAAAUAUCUUGCCAAAGAUGCUAAUAGAUGGCACAUUGAGAGAUACUAAACUCUGUCAAAGAGAUUUCAACUCGCUGCAUCCUUUUUGUUUUUGUAAUUACAGCUUUACCACAGUGUCAUGUGUCUUCUGUGAUUGCUGUUUGAUAUUAAUGAUUUAAUUAGUGUCUUUGACAAAACUCAUCUACAUACUUUACUCACGCGCACACCUUCACAUUACACACUACAACAUCCAGCCCUCCUCCCCCCGAACACCCUCCCACACACACACACAGAUGUUCCUCAUUACAGUCUGACUGCGACAUUUGUUGGAAGAGAAUAUACUUCGUGAUGGUUUUAUUGAUGGGGAAUACCUACAGUAUUUUAACUGGCUGUCAUAUCACACGUGUGAACAUUGUAAGAAACAAAUAUUAAAUAAUAAACUGGUUUGUAUUAUA